GCCAGGGAGCGGGUCCCCAGGCAGCCCCAGGGAUGCAGCGCCCUGAGCGGUGCAGCCAUCGCCUCCUAAAGGUGUAAAAUCCUCCCCCUGGUCCAUAGAUCACCUGCCUUCACCUGCUUGAUUUACUAAGAUGUAGCCCCCGGUUCUGCCCGUGUCUCCAGGGCUCUGCGUGUUGCCUCCUCGUAUCUAACAGACAUGUCGGACCUAGCGAAGGAGAAGGCAGCUCGCCUCUUGAAGAAGCAAGGCAGUGUCUCCUCGCUUAGCAGCCACGAAGUCAAAGCGAAAGAUGUCUUUAGAAGACACAAGGACUCCAUGAGUACAGUGUCUUAUAUGGAUGAACCUGGCCAUCAUGAUGAUUUUUCUCGUCCUGUGGUUCAGAUGGAGAACACUUACCAACUAGGUCCUACAAGACGUUUUCCUGUGGGUACAUUGAAUAAUAUUUUAAAGGACGUGCUGACUAGUUAUCUUCAAGAAGAAAAAUAUGAAGCGGAGUUAUGCAGACAAAUGACAAAAACCAUCUCUGAGGUAAUUAAAGCUCGGGUAAAAGAACUCAUGAUACCAAGGUACAAGAUAAUUGUCAUUAUCCAUAUUGGACAACUAAAUGAACAGAGCAUGCGAAUUGGAAGCAGAUGCCUUUGGGAUCCUAAAAGUGAUACAUUUUCAUCGUAUGCUUUUAAAAAUACCUCACUGUUUGCUCAUGCAAAUGUUUAUGCUGUUUAUUUUGAAUAGUGAAAAGAAUCUAGUGGGGGAAAAGAUCCUAAUCUAUCUUAUCAUGUUUAUAUUAUGAGAUAUAUUAAUCUAUAGAAUCAUAUAGAUUAUUAUAGAUCGAAUAAUAAUAUAGAUAAUAAAUAUUAAUCCAUCUAUCUUAUGUUUCUAUUAUGGAAAAAAUUGAGGGAGGCCCCAGCCAGAUUACAUCUAUUUUUAAAGGUGGAUGUGAUAAACCUUUAAAGGUUAAAUGUAAUAAUCAUGCAUACCUACUUAAAUGAUUUUCUACUUUUACUACAUUCCUUCAGAAUGACUCCUACUAAAAUGACAUUUUGCACCUGACUGUAUUUAUAUUUUAGAACCGAAUACCACUUGUAUCAUUGUGUUCUGAUUCAAUCCUAGUCCUCAGUGUCAGUCCGUAAGUAAAAUAGUGUUGUGUAUAAGACCAAUAUUGGAAUUUGGAAGGUAAAAAUCCUUGUCCUACUCCACCAAUACAGAGACAAGAAGUUGGGCAUAUGCACAACUAAGCUAUGAGCCGUAUGAAUGGGUAUUGCAUAGUUAGGGUUUUGUGAGUUGCAAAGAGUGUCCCAUAAAGAUUUUUCAGGUAAUUGAUCCACGUUGUUCAUUGCCUUCAGCUCUGUUUCCCCCCUUUCUUCCUGUCCUUACCUCUUCUGCUGCAGAACUGCAGAGGUUCUGCUGUUUUUUUAAAUGAGAGGAUUUGGACUUUUAGUUUCAAUAAGAAUUAAAAGCAGUGUGGAAAAGCUAGUGAAGUUAUCGUGACAUAUAUCAGUUUGCAUAUUUAAAUAUACUGCAGACAGUAAUGUUUCUAGUUUGUGAUAUACACAUGAAAUUCUGUUUCCAUUUUGCAUGUAAUAAAGUAAAUCUGUUAGUCAAAGUG